CCUUUGCAAGAAGUCAAAAUUUGCAUUCCCUCGUACACAAGAAGAAGAACAACAAAAUGGCCAAGUUUACCGCCCUUUUCACCAUCGCCGCCCUCCUUCUCCUCCUCAGCUCCGAGCUGACCUCCGCGGUUCGCCCGGAGCCCAACAGCGAGCUCAAAACCGUCCAACACCAAGGUGCAGGAGCAGAUCAGAACAUUGAUUUCGAGGAUGGCGAGGUUAGCUGCGAGGGAGUGAACGAGGAGGAGUGCCUGAUGAGAAGAACCCUGGUUGCUCAUGUGGAUUACAUAUAUACUCAGAAGCACAAGCACCCUUGAGAAAUUGAGAUCCAAUUACUAGCUAGCUAGCUGGCUCCAUCAACAUGCUAGCUUCUAAGUGUUAUACAUAUAAUUGUAUUUGGCGGAAUUUACGCCAUGCAAAAACAUAGAAAUAAAACUUAAUUUGUUGCCAUUUAUUUG